AUGUCCACGUCAAUGUCCGUUCCUGAUGCCCGGCUUGGCCUCACAUCGUCUGAGUGGCAGAUGGUUGUGCACCAACAACAGAUCGCUCUGCAGAGCAGCCAUAACGGCAGCAUGGUGUCGCGGGGGAGAGGUAUGGGGAGGAGCACGUCAAGCUCGAGAGCUGCUAGUGCUGCAAGCAGCCACGGAAGGCUCCUUUUAGACCCCGAUAGUCUCCAGGCUUUAUAUUAUCAACUCGACCACUUGCUACGAGAUAUUCGAGGAAGGAUUGAAUAUCUAAAUGAGCAAUCAGAAAUUUCGAUACAAAAUACCUAUGACCAGGCCGGAAACAUGAUCGCAGAUGCAGAUGCGGAAAUAGCACGCGUCCGGCGUAUCAUUGCGUCGAUAGACGAGCUGGAGCUGGAAUUUGACAAAAUCAAGCGGAUUAGAGAUAUUGUCAAAGGUUUCCGUGCACGAGUGGAAACCUUAGACCAUCGCUUAGAUCAAGCCUCGCGCAGAAGGCGUUGA